UGGCGAACCCAGAAAGCAUUCAACUGUGCUCUUCUCCUGCUUGAUUCUUCAGGCAUAGCACUCGCAGCACCAAGUUUCCAGGGUCGCGCCCGUGUGAUUGCUGAUCAAUGGACACGGCGCGGCGCUCACCGGUCUGCCUCGACCUCAUGGUCGGGCUUCCCAUGGUCUGCGAGCCAUCUUCAGCGAGGUGCACCGGAAUGAGAGCCCAAGCCGACAUUGCAAGCUCGGCCUGUGGCAGAGCAACUUCCAUGACCAGCAGCGAGGCAAAUAAGAUUAUGGAGGCGAAGUUCACGGAGGUGACCGAGGAGAACCGGAGGCUGACCGAGAUGAUCGGCUACCUGUACGCUAAUAGCCAGAAUUUCGCGCGACAGAGUCCCGAAGGCGAGGGCGAGCAGCCCGCAAGUACUGCUGCGUCGCCGACAUCGCCGGUGGGCAAGAAAAGGAGCAGGGAGAGCAUGGACACGUCGGAUUCUGGCGAUGUCAACAGCGACAAGAAAAUGGGCACGGCCGAGGCCGAGCAUAUCGACGUCGAGAGCCCGCUGAGCAACGGCACUUGCCGGAGAAUCAAGGUCAAGAGGGUCUGCACCCGGAUUGACCCAUCGGACACGAGCCUCGUGGUUAAAGAUGGGUAUCAAUGGCGGAAGUACGGGCAGAAGGUGACACGGGACAACCCGUCCCCCAGAGCCUACUUCCGAUGCGCCUUCGCGCCGUCCUGCCCUGUCAAGAAGAAGGUUCAGAGAAGCGCGGAGGACAGCUCGGUGGUGGAGGCGACGUACGAGGGCGAGCACAACCACCCGCGCCCCACGCGGGCCGGCGAGCUGCCGAGCUGCGCAACGCAGGGCGGCGGCUCGGUGCCGUGCUCCAUCUCCAUCAACUCCUCCGGCCCGACCAUCACGCUGGACCUCACCAAGAACGGGGGAGGCGUGCAGGUCGUCGAGGCAGGGGAGGCGCAACCGGACCUGAAGAAGGUGUGCCGGGAGGUCGCGUCGCCGGAGUUCCGGGCGGCUCUGGUGGAGCAGAUGGCCCGCGAGCUCACCGGCGACCGAAAGUUCACCGACGCGCUCGCCGCCGCGAUCCUGCGGAAGCUGCCGGAUUAUUAGCAUUAAGUAGAAGCUAUCGAGAUUCGAGACAGUGCAUACUUCAGAAACAAACACCCGUGCGGUGUUCUAGUACAGCUUCAGAAAAGGAAUUCUAGCACUUCUCUGCUUAGAUUUAGGGCCUGUUUGGAGACUCUCCCGCUCUCCAAAUCCGCUCCAGGAGUUGGUGGAGCUGUAGCUAAAAAUGAUGGAGUGGGGAAAAGGCAGCUCCACAAAUUCUCAGAUUUCAGGGAGCUGGAGGACUGCCGAACAGCCCCUUAGGGCCUGGUUCUCCCCGAAUUGUACUGCAUAAUUUGCAGUUUUUCUUGCUAUUUGAUGAUCUGAAUCGUACCACAGGAAAAUAAUGUAUCGGGGAAAAGAAAGUAUGGAGAAAAUAACUUGAAUCGUGCCACAGUUUGAAAU